UUAUUGUUUCCGACUAUAUGAAAUGUUUGCAUUAAUGUGUGAACUUCAAAAUAAAUGAAAUGCAGGUGGUUUUUGAUGGUAUGAUCUUCAACAUUCGAUUAUAAAUUUGAUUUUUUUCCCAUGUUGAGAAUGUUAAAUUGAUGUUUUGAGAAUUCACUCAUUAAAUUCGGGAAAAGUCGCUCUCUGGGUACCCAAAACUUUCCUCUAUCUUUCUGAGCUUUCGGUUGAUCACGGGUUUUGCUUUGUGUACGUGGCAUAAAUCUUAAGAUCUCGGUUGUCAUGUUAUUGAUUAGCUUGUUCAGGUAAACUCUUGAUCAGAGAGUUGCUUGCAUAUAUAUACACCUAUUCACCUACCAAUUGGGUCAAAUUGAUGGUUAUUGACAAGGUUUAAUUUGGUUUUCUGCUUCUGGGUUUUGAAAAUUUUUGUGAUUUUGUUUCUGAGGAAGGUUGUGAGUUUUAUUGUAUAUAUUUAUAUACUGUUUUUGGUGACAGUGUAAGGGAAUUGUAUAAGUUUGGAUUUUAUUUUAUAUAGAUCUCGCUGGAGCUAUUUCUUGUACUAGGAUACUAAACUAAGAGCUGCUAAGUGAGUUACGAAGACUUUUGGCCAAUGUUCAUUUUUUCUUUGGGUUAAUACUUUUGGUCGAUGUUGAUUGUGGCAUAAAGGAUUCGAGGGGUCGCUGAGAAUCUUUGAGGAUUUGAUAUUUGGUUUCUUGGAAUUUGAAAUUUUCUUUGUAUUGAGGUGGAUUGGUUUGCAGUGUUAGAUGAGCAUAUCAUAAUGAACGGGGCAGUAGGAUUGUUGGUAGAUGGAUGCCCCCGAGAAGACAUUUUCUGAGCUAGUUGGUUUAUUGAAAUCAUGGAUUCCUUGGCGCUCUGAGCCUGCUCAUCUAUCAAGGGAUUUCUGGAUGCCCGAUCAAAGCUGUAGAGUCUGCUACGAAUGUGAUACGCAGUUCACACUUUUUAACCGUAGGCACCAUUGUCGACUCUGUGGUAGAAUUUUCUGUGGCCAAUGUACAGCAAACUCUGUUCCUGCCUCAUCUGUUGAAUCAAAUUCUUCCUGGGAAGAGUGGGAGAAAAUUCGGGUAUGUAAUUAUUGUUUCAAACAAUGUCAGCAGGGUAUAGACAAUCUUCAUAAUGGAACUCAGGUUCCUAAAAUUAAUCUCAGCACUUCACCAUCAGUGGCAAGUUUGGCCAGCUCUAAAUCUAGUGGCACUGCUAAAAGUAGCAGCUUUACUCCUGGCUUGUUAUCAAAUUCAACUGGUCCUUAUCAACAAUCUCAACAAAAUUCUGGUGUCAGCCCUUGUCAAUUAUCAAUAAAGGAGAAAAGUUCAGAAAGGCAAGGUAUGGUAGCAUCAAGGACAAAUAACGAUCUUGUUGCUGCUAUUGGUGGUCCAUCCCCAAACCAAUAUUCAUUUUCGAUGAACAGGAGUGAUGAUGAGGAUGACGAGUAUGGUGUAUAUCGGUCUGAUUCUGAAACGAGGCAUUUUCCUCAAGUUAAUGAUUUCUAUGGUCCAGUGGAGUUUGAUGACAUGAGCAAUGAUGAUGGAUCACAUAGAAAUCAACUUGAUCAAGAAAUUGCUGCCAGAAAAUGUUUGAGCAGCUCUCCACUACACACCAGUUUUGAAUCACAAGGCUUAGAAGGGAUCCAACAGCUUGAGAAAAAGGAUGAGCAUGGCUUCGGUGAUGAAUGUGAGGCACCCUCCUCUUUAUUUGCUUCAGAGAAUGUCAAUGUUGGACCUGUGGAUUUUGAGAAUGAUGGUGUUCUUUGGCUCCCACCUGAUCCAGAAGAUGAAGAAGAUGAUAGAGAAGCUGGUCUUUUUGAUGAUGAUGAUGACGAUAAUGGUGUUGCUGAUCCUACAGGCGAGUGGGGAUAUUUUCGCACCUCGAGCAGCUUCAGUAGUGGGGAAUUCCGCAAUAGGGACAAGUCAUUUGAAGGGCACAGGAAGGCCAUGAAGAAUGUGGUUGAUGGGCACUUUAGGGCUUUGGUGGCUCAGCUAUUACAGGUUGAGAAUCUUCCUGUUAGUGAUGAAGAUGACGAAACGAGCUGGUUGGAGAUCAUCACAUCUCUGUCUUGGGAAGCUGCUACACUGUUAAAGCCAGAUAUGAGUAAAAAUGGAGGAAUGGACCCUGGUGGCUAUGUAAAAGUAAAAUGCAUAGCUUCUGGGCAUCGCUGUGAGAGUAUGGUGGUCAAAGGAGUUGUUUGUAAGAAAAAUGUGGCUCAUCGACAAAUGACAUCAAAAAUAGAGAAGCCUCGCUUGCUAAUCCUUGGAGGAGCCCUUGAAUACCAACGUGUUUCUAAUCUAUUGUCAAGUUUUGAUACUCUGUUGCAGCAGGAAAUGGACCAUCUAAAGAUGUCUGUGGCAAAGAUAGAUGCGCACCAUCCUGAUAUCCUUCUUGUUGAGAAAUCAGUUUCCCGAUUUGCUCAGGAGUACCUCCUUGCAAAAAACAUAUCACUUGUUCUCAAUAUCAAAAGGCCACUCCUAGAGCGGAUAGCCCGCUGCACAGGCUCCCAAAUAGUUCCUUCAAUUGAUCAUCUCUCUUCCCCAAAGCUGGGCUACUGUGAGACAUUUCAUGUUGAGAGAUUUCUGGAAGAUCUCGGCUCUGCUGGCCAGGGUGGAAAGAAAUUGGCGAAGACCUUGAUGUAUUUUGAAGGAUGCCCAAAGCCAUUGGGCUGCACAAUUUUACUUAGAGGUGCUAAUGGGGACGAGUUGAAGAAGGUGAAGCAUGUGGUCCAAUACGGGAUUUUUGCAGCUUACCACUUGGCAUUGGAGACAUCUUUUCUUGCUGACGAGGGUGCAUCUUUGCCGGAACUUUCAAUGAACUCUCCAAUUAUUGUGACACUCCCAGAUAAAUCAUCAAGCAUUGAGAGGUCAAUAUCAACAGUACCUGGUUUCACUGUCCCUGCCAAUGGAAAUUCUGAGGGACCUCCACAUGUCACUGAGCCACAAAGAUCUAAUAGUGUCCUCAUUUCUGGGAUGGACUCAUCAACUGGAAGUGCAUCAGUAGUCAAAAUGCAAAUGACGUUGCCACCUUUAUCCAAUAGUCAUAAGUUGCAGCCCACUGAACAUACUUCAAGUUUAAUUAAUUCAACCACUGUGCUCUCCUCUGCUUCAUCCACAGGAAAACUUAUUUCAGAUUCUUUCUGCAGUGAGCUUUUGCCUCUCCAUGCAUUCAAGGUGAAGAAUGAAAUGGGUUCCAAAGAAACUUUGGUGUCGAAAAUGUCUGCAGCCAACAAUGGACAGGGUGUUAUGAAUAAUCAUGUUACUGUUAAUGGUUUUGAGCCUUUAAAGGCUUUGGACCCUGACAUUGUGGCAUAUCGUUCCAAAAAUGCUAAUGCAAUAGCUGAGAAUCAGUUAGGUGGUUCAGAGUUAUCAUCUAUGCAACAAGAUAGUAAUAAUCCUGUGGAACCAGGACUUCUAAAAGAAGAGUUUCCUCCAUCAACUUCCGACCAUCAAAGCAUUUUGGUUUUCUUAUCUUCCAGAUGUGUGUGGAAAGGUACUCUCUGUGAAAGGUCUCAUCUCUUUCGUAUCAAAUACUAUGGCAGCUUUGAUAAGCCUUUGGGUCGGUUUUUGCGGGACCACUUAUUUGAUCAGAGUUAUCGGUGUGGCUCUUGUGAUAUGCCUUCAGAGGCACAUGUCCAGUGUUAUAAUCACCGGCAGGGAACCCUCACUAUAUCUGUUAAGAAGCUGCCUGAAAUACUUUUACCAGGUGAAAAGGAGGGAAAGAUCUGGAUGUGGCACAGAUGCUUACAAUGUCCACGGACUAAUGGUUUUCCUCCAGCAACUCAGAGAGUGGUGAUGUCUGACGCUGCUUGGGGUUUAUCUUUUGGAAAAUUUUUGGAGCUGAGCUUUUCAAACCAUGCAGCUGCAAGCAGGGUGGCAAGCUGUGGUCACUCUCUUCAUAGAGAUUGUCUUCGUUUUUAUGGAUUUGGAAAAAUGGUUGCUUGUUUUCGAUAUGCAUCAAUUAAUGUUCAUUCUGUCUACCUUCCACCCCACAAACUUGAUUUCAGCUAUGACCAUCAAGAGUGGAUACAGAAAGAAGCAGAUGAAAUAGCUUACGGAGCAAAGUUCCUCUUCUCUGAAAUACUUAAUGCUUUGAGUCAAAUUCUUGGAGCACUUAAUAAUGGCAAAACACUUGAAUCAAGACACCAAAUUAUAGAACUUGAAGGAGUGUUAAAGAAGGAGAAGACCGAAUUUGAGGAAUCACUCCUAAAAGCUUUGAACAAGGAAAUGAAAAAGGGCCAACCUCUUAUUGACAUUCUUGAGAUCAAUCGAUUGAGGAGGCAGUUACUUUUCCAAUCUUAUGUGUGGGAUCACCACCUAGUUUAUGCUGCCAGUUUAGUUAAAAAUACCCUCCAGAAUAGUUUGAGCAUUGCAGAAUCAGAAGAUGAGAAAGUCCUAACUAGUCAAGAGAAGCCUGCUGAGAUGAAUGUGAGUGUCAAGCCUGAAACCAACUCACGUCUUUAUGAUUCUCUUCUCAUUGACACAAAAUUUGAAAAUAGCUUUGUUCAGGACGAAGGAUGUGAUGACGGCUCUAAUGUAACAAAUGGAGUUCUUCAAGAGAUAAAGAAGGAUCAAGAUCUAGAUCAUGGAAACGAAGACCAAACUAAUUUUUAUGCUAGUUUAAGCUUCAGUGAACCAUCUGACUAUCUGGAAGCUGAGUCAAAUGUACGUAGGACUCUGUCUGAGGGGCAGUGUCCAAUAGUUUUUAAUUUGUCAGAUACCUUAGAGGCUAAAUGGACAGGUGAAAACUCCCCAGCAGUUGGAACACCAGAGGAUAAUACCCGUGUACUUCCUGAAUCAGCUAUGAUAGAUUCUUCUACUAUACCUGUAGUGAGAGAACAAUUAGAUUCAGAAGGUCAGAAGGAAGACCAAAAAGAGCCCAAGGUUAUUCAUCCUCUUUCACCUGCCUUGUCCAACAAGGUCUCUGAUAAUAUAGAUGACUCUGUAAGCUGGUUAAGAAUGCCAUUUUCAAACUUUUACCGCUCGUUAAACAAGAACUUUUUGGCAAGUGCUCAAAAACUUGAUACAGUGGGUGAGUAUAAUCCAAUUUAUGUUACGUCCUUUCGAGAAUCAGAGCUUCAGGGUGGGGCUAGGCUUCUUCUGCCUGUGGGUGUUAAUGACACUGUAGUUCCUGUUUAUGAUGAUGAGCCCACAAGUAUUAUAUCAUAUGCUCUACUAUCACCUGAAUAUCAUGUCAGGCUGCUGGAUGAUGAUGGCAUUUUAUCCAUGUCUGGAUCUCAUAGCCCCCUGAUUUUGGAUCCACUUUCUGAUACAAAGGCUUUCCAUCCCAAAAUUUCUUUUAAAGAUGUUCAUCCACUUGAUAUGGUGAAAUAUUCUGUAACUUGUUACUAUGCAAAGCGGUUUGAAGCAUUAAGGAGGAUUUGUUGCCCAUCGGAGCUUGAUUUUAUAAGGUCUCUCAGCCGUUGUAAGAAGUGGGGUGCCCAGGGUGGCAAGAGUAAUGUUUUCUUUGCCAAAACAUUGGAUGACCGUUUCAUUAUCAAACAAGUGACGAAGACAGAAUUGGAGUCAUUCAUAAAGUUUGCCCCUGAAUAUUUCAAGUAUUUGUCUGAAUCAAUUAGCACUGGAAGUCCAACAUGCCUGGCAAAGAUUCUGGGGAUUUAUCAGGUUACCUCAAAGCAUCUAAAAGGUGGGAAAGAACUAAAGAUGGAUGUGCUAGUCAUGGAAAAUCUCUUGUUUGCAAGGAGCGUGACACGGCUUUAUGAUCUCAAAGGAUCUUCCCGAUCACGUUAUAAUCCUGAUUCUAGUGGGAGCAACAAAGUGCUGCUAGACCAGAACUUGAUUGAAGCAAUGCCAACUUCUCCCAUUUUUGUGGGAAACAAGGCAAAGCGGUUAUUGGAGCGAGCAGUCUGGAAUGAUACUGCUUUUCUAGCGUCAGUUGAUGUAAUGGACUAUUCAUUAUUGGUUGGGGUGGACGAAGAGAAGCAUGAGUUAGUUCUUGGAGUAAUUGAUUUUAUGAGACAGUAUACAUGGGAUAAGCACCUCGAAACCUGGGUGAAGGCUUCGGGUAUCCUUGGUGGGCCAAAGAACACAUCGCCAACAGUAAUUUCACCCAAGCAGUACAAAAAACGGUUCAGGAAAGCAAUGACUACCUACUUUUUGAUGGUCCCAGACCAAUGGUUCCCUCCCUCCGUCAUUCCUAGUAAAUCGCAGGAUAAUUUAUGUGAGGAGAACACAGAAGAGAAGCCUUGUUAAAAAGAAAUGGUGAUUCGAUGUGCCUAUGCAUCCAGUAGGUGAUUUUAGAAUCAAUUUUUCCGCAUGGUUUUUAUCCAUCUUUAGAUUCUUUUUUGUAUAGAAAUUUCAUUCUUACAUUUAUUAAAAUGAGAAAUACCUUAGUACUGCUAGGAGAUGAAGAACAAGACUGUUAAAACCAUAGAAAUUUCUGUCAGGGGUUUAAUAUUUGAUGACCUCUUCAUGAAAUCUUUGUACAAAUGUUUAUUUGUGUAUGUAGCAUUCUGGCAUGUACAUUGUAUUUAUAUGAAUUUUUCUCAUAAAUUUCAAUAUAAUAGAUUAUUCUGUUCAUUGCAAAA